GAUUGACAUUUCAACUUCUUUUUAUUUUGUAGUACUGUUAUGGAGAUCAACUAUCAAAGUAAUUUCAAACUCAAUAAAACUGAGAAGAAGUUCUUAAGGAAGCAAAUUAAAGCCAGGCAUACUUUGCUGAGACAUGAAGGUAUUGAGGCAGUAUCCUAUGGCACUCAGAGCCUGGUUGUUGCCAAUGGUGGUUUGGGUAAUGGCGUGAGUAGGAAGCAGCUGCUCCUGGUUUUAGAGAAAUGUGGAUGUGUGGAAGCUCUCUUAAUGCCACCUAACAAGCCCUACUCGUUUGUAAGAUACAAAACCAUAGAAGAGUCCAAGAAUGCUUAUGCUUCCCUCAAUGGAAAAGAAAUAGUAGAUGAUUUAGGACAAAAGGUCAUUCUGUAUUUGAAUUUUGUGGAAAAAGCUCAGUGGAAGAAGUUGGGGCUUCAAGCCUUACCUCCAGGUCUUACAGUAGUAGAAGAAAUUGUUUCUUCUGAAGAUGAGAACAUGCUUUUGGAAAUCAUUAAUUGGGCAGAAGAUAUAGACAAUCAAAACUUUCAAAAGUCUUUAAAACACAGACGAGUAAAGCAUUUUGGUUAUGAAUUCUACUAUGAGAACAACAAUGUAGAUAAAGAUAAGCCAUUACCUGAGGGUCUUCCUGAUAUUUGCGAUAGCUUUCUGGAGAAAUGGUUGGCAGAAGGUUACAUUAAACAUAAACCUGAUCAGUUGACCGUAAAUCAGUAUGAACCUGGGCAAGGAAUUCCUGCCCAUGUUGACACACAUUCUGCUUUUGAGGAUGAGAUCAUUUCUCUCAGUUUGGGGUCAGAGGUUGUUAUGGAUUUUAAGCACCCAGAUGGUGUCACAGUGCAAGUUAUGUUGCCUCGUCGGAGUUUGCUAGUCAUGAGAGGAGAAUCUAGAUAUCUUUGGACCCAUGGAAUCACACCAAGAAAAUUUGAUACUGUUCAAGCAUCUGAACCUUACAAAAGUGGGAUUAUCACCAGUGAUAUUGGAGACUUAACUUUAAGUAAGAGGGGAAUACGAACAUCAUUUACAUUUAGGAAAGUGAGGCACACGCCUUGUACCUGUAGUUACUCUUUGGUCUGUGACAGCCAGAGGAAAGAGACUCCUCCCUCACUUCCAGGGAGUGACAAAGAAGCAUCACAACUGGAACAAGAAUAUGUCCAUCGAGUUUAUGAAGAGAUCGCUGGGCACUUCAGCAGCACGAGACAUACUCCUUGGCCGCAUGUUGUGGACUUUUUGAAGGCUUUACCAGAUGGUUCGAUAGUGGCUGAUAUUGGAUGUGGCAAUGGAAAGUAUCUUGGCAUCAAUAAGGAGUUAUAUAUGAUUGGUUGUGAUCAUAGCAAAAACCUUGUGGACAUUUGUAGAAAGAGGCAAUUCCAAGCCUUUGUCUGUGAUGCACUGGGAGUCCCAGUUCGCAGUGGAUCUUGUGAUGCUUGCAUCUCCAUAGCUGUUAUUCACCAUUUUGCAACACCAGAGCGUAGAGUGGCAGCUCUCCAAGAAAUUGUUCGACUCUUGAGACCUGGUGGGAAGGCACUCAUUUAUGUCUGGGCAAUGGAGCAAGAAUAUAAUAAUAAGAAGUCGAAGUAUCUUAGAGGAAACAUUAUUAGCCAAAGAGAGAAAGAGGAGAUAAAGAAUGAUAAAUCCACACAAGCAUUGCUUGAGCAGAUGUUUAAUACAGGCAGUCAAAACUCAGCAUCUUCUGUCACUUCCAUUGAUGAUAUUCAGAAGAAAGAAUCCAGUUCAAAGAAAUUGACUAAUUCUGAACUACCUGUUCAUACUAGUAGAACUUCUUUUCAUUCUCAAGAUGUACUGGUUCCCUGGCAUCUGAAGACAAAGACUUGUAAGAACAAACCUGUUGAGACCUUUGAUUCUGGAGGAUCCCAUGACCCAAGUCUUGUGUUUCAUCGUUACUACCAUGUGUUCCGUGAUGGAGAAUUAGAAGCUACUUGCCAGACUUUGAGUAAAAUCAACAUUCUGCAAAGCUACUAUGAUCAGGGGAACUGGUGUGUUAUUCUUCAAAAAGUGUAAAAAAAAGUUCUGAUUAUUUCUGUGGGCACAUGUCAUUGUAGAAAACAAAUAUUCAGCUUUUUUAGAAAGGAGACUAAAUUAGUUAUCCCUUUAAUUAAAGAAAAAAAUUGGAAAAAUACAUAAGGAGAACUCCUUAGGACACAUUCAGUCCUAAGGGCUAUGUGGGACACAUUCAAUCAGCUACUGUUGACUAACUUCCUAAAUGUGGGGUUUCUCCUACAUGACAACUAAGAAUGGUGUUUAAAUAUAAUUGAAGUUUUGUGAAAUCUUUGGGAUCCUUGUACAAUAGUGUCACAUUUUGAAAACAAUCUUUUGUUACAAAUGGUUAUUGAAGGACUGUAGUGAAGUACCAUAACAUUUUAAUAAAGGUAAUAUUCCUGAAAUAUUA